CAAGAAAUUCAAUUAGCUAAGAAAACAACAAUAGAACAAGAGAGUUUCUUAAUAGUAAUAAAAAAAAAAAAGAUGAAGAAACUCUCUUGUUUAAUUCUAUUUCUUAGCCUUGCCUCAAGUUCUCUCGCGGUCGACCCGUCGAAUCAGCCCAUUUACGAAAGCUUUCUCAAGUGUUUCAGCAACCAAACAUGCACAGCUCCAGACAAGCUAUGCAGCGUUGUUUUGCCACAGAGCAGUGCCAGUUUCACCCCGACGCUGCGUGCCUACAUCCGAAACGCGCGUUACAACACUUCCACAUCCCCGAAACCUUUGAUCGUAAUCGCGGCGCGUUCGGAGGCCCACGUCCAGGCCACCGUCCUGUGUACCAAGUCUCUCAACUUCCAGCUCAAGACUCGUAGCGGCGGCCACGACUACGACGGCCUUUCCUACAUAUCUAACCGCCCUUACUUCGUCCUCGACAUGUCUUAUCUCCGUAACAUCACGGUCGAUAUGGCCGAUGGCGGCGGCUCUGCAUGGGUCGGAGCCGGCGCUACUCUGGGCGAGGUUUAUUACAGCAUUUGGCAGAAAAGCAAAUCUCAUGGUUUUCCCGCCGGAGUCUGUCCCACCGUCGGCGUUGGAGGUCACAUCAGCGGCGGAGGCUACGGAAACAUGAUCAGAAAAUACGGACUUUCCGUUGACUACGUCACCGACGCGAAGAUCGUGGACGUGAACGGGAGGAUUCUCGAUAGAAAGUCGAUGGGAGAGGAUCUUUUCUGGGCGAUAGGAGGCGGGGGAGGUGCGAGCUUCGGUGUGAUCUUAGCCUUCAAGAUAAAACUAGUUCCUGUUCCUCCGACAGUGACUGUCUUCAGAGUGGAGAAAACGCUAGAAGAAGGUGCACUAGACAUGGUCCAUAAAUGGCAGUUUGUUGCUCCCAAGACAAGUCCUGAUCUGUUCAUGAGGCUGCUCUUGCAACCCAAGACGAAGAACACAACUCAGACGGUUCGCGCCUCGGUGGUGGCGUUGUUCUUGGGGAGACAGAGCGAUCUCUUGUCUCUGCUGGGGAAAGAAUUCCCGGAGCUUGGUCUGAGGACGGAGAACUGCACGGAGAUGACGUGGAUACAGUCGGUGAUGUGGUGGGCCAACAGCGAUAACGCCACGCUUAUCAAACCCGAGAUUCUGCUGGACAGAGAGCCUGAUUCAGCGUCUUUCUUGAAAAGGAAAUCGGAUUACGUGGAGACAGAGAUCAGCAAAGAAGGUCUAGGUUUCUUGUUCACCAAGUUGAUGGAGACUGGGAAACUAGGGCUCGUCUUCAAUCCCUAUGGAGGGAUAAUGUGCCAAGUGCCUACCACGAAGACCCCUUUCCCUCACAGGAAAAGGCUAUUCAAGGUGCAGCACUCAAUGAACUGGAAAGAUGCGGGGAUAGAAGCGGAGAACAGUUUCAUGGAAAAGACCAGAAGCUUCUACAGCUACAUGGCUCCUUUCGUCACCAAGAAUCCAAGGCACACGUAUCUCAACUACAGGGAUCUUGAGAUAGGGACCAACAGUCACGGCCCAAACAGUUAUAGAGAGGCAGAGGUUUACGGGAGAAAGUACUUCGGAGAGAAUUUUGAUCGGUUGGUCAAAGUUAAAACAGCAGUGGAUCCAGAAAACUUCUUCAGGGAUGAGCAGAGUGUACCUACCUUGCCCACUAAGCCAUCCAUGAGAUAGUUUCGAGAGCAGAAGAAGUGGAGGGAUCUUCUCUUCUCUUCAUUUUUCGGCUUUUUACAUCCCUAGGAAGAAAAAAAAUGUUUCCUAGCUAAGAAUAUAAAUACCUGUUUACUACCAACCAAGUCAGGCAUUUGUAAGAAAUACAAGAAUUGAUUUUAUAUAUUACAACAAUAAUAACAUA